AUCACAGUAACUAAAGAGGACUUGGCUUAAAAACAGCUAGAAACCUGCUUGAAUCAUCAUUCAUCGCUACUCUGAUUGUGCAGGUAUCUAGUUGAUACUGUUGUUGAUUAAAUUAAUUGCUACUCGGCUUGAAUUGAGUUGUGAAUUUGAAAAGCGAGCCCAAUCCCAUUAACUACCCUCUUCGAUGGCCCAAUUUGACUUUAGGCAUUAGGUGCCCUACCUACUACCAUUUUCAAUUUGACUGACCAGCUCUCUCUCUCUCUCGCGAUCAAUCCAUGGCUGCUGGUGCUUCUAGUUUUUACUGUAUUCCGCAGGCGGGUGCCAAGUCAAGCUCAAGGAUGCGAUUCUCGCGUGCUUGCAGAAUGCAGCAGCAGGUGUCACUCAACAACGACAAUAACACCAAUAACAACUUGAACUUGUCUCUUACCAAAUCCCAACAAGCUUUCACUGCUGCCCUGGAUUUGAUGCCAGGAGGUGUGAACUCUCCAGUACGUGCCUUCAAAUCUGUUGGUGGGCAACCAAUUGUGAUUGAGUCGGCUAAGGGAUCUCGCAUGCGGGACAUUGAUGGAAAUCAAUACAUUGAUUAUGUGGGUUCUUGGGGUCCUGCAAUUAUUGGUCAUGCACACCCUAAGGUACUUGCAGCAUUAGCUGACACAAUGCAAAAAGGAACCAGCUUUGGUGCACCUUGUCUGCUUGAAAACACUUUAGCCCAAAUGGUCAUCGCUGCAGUUCCAAGCAUAGAAAUGGUUCGCUUCGUGAACUCGGGCACGGAAGCAUGCAUGGGGGCGCUUCGUCUCGCUCGCGCAUUCACGGGGAAGCCCAAGAUCAUCAAGUUCGAGGGCUGCUACCAUGGCCACGCCGAUUCCUUGCUCGUCAAGGCAGGAAGUGGAGUGGCCACCUUAGGACUUCCAGACUCCCCUGGAGUUCCUCAGGCAGCCACUUCUGAUACCCUUACUGCGCCCUACAACCACAUAUCAGCCGUAGAGAAACUCUUUCACCUUCACAAGGGAGAUAUUGCAGCAGUUAUCCUAGAACCUGUUGUGGGAAACUCUGGUUUCAUUCUUCCUAAACCCGAUUUUCUUGCUGCCAUUCGCAAGAUCACCAAGGAAAACAAUAGUCUCCUCAUAUUUGAUGAAGUUAUGACCGGAUUCCGCUUGGCAUACGGGGGAGCUCAAGAAUAUUUUGGCAUAGUUCCUGACUUGACAACUUUAGGAAAAAUAAUUGGCGGGGGCUUGCCGGUAGGUGCAUACGGGGGUAGGAGGAAUAUAAUGGAAAUGGUGGCACCUGCUGGACCAGUGUACCAAGCUGGGACAUUGAGUGGGAACCCUUUGGCUAUGGCUGCAGGGAUAGAAACUCUGAAGCUUAUUAGGCAGCCGGGAAGUUAUGAGUAUUUGGACAAAAUAACAGGCGAACUUGUUAAUGGCAUUCUUGAAGCUGGGAAGAGGGCAGGGCAUCCCAUGUGUGGUGGUCACAUAAAUGGCAUGUUUGGUUUUUUCUUCACAGAAGGACCUGUGAACAAUUUUGCAGAUGCUAACAAGAGUGAUACAGACAAGUUUGCUAGGUUCUACUGGGGUAUGUUGGAGGAAGGUGUGUAUUUUGCACCUUCUAAGUUUGAGGCUGGCUUCUCUAGCUUGGCACAUACUCUUGAUGACAUUCAGUUCACAAUAGCAGCUGCUCAUAAGGUUUUGAGCAACAUAUGAUGAAUCAAUAAUAGUAAUUAUGCAAUACUUUAUGGUUACAUAUGCAUAUACUAGUUUUCAACUCCAGCUUUUGCAUAUCAAUUUAUAUACAAGUAUCAUAUAGUUUUGUAUUUAUUUAUUUUCUGUAAAACAAUUUUAAAGAUUUCUUAUUAACUCAACUUAGCACGUGAUGUUUUGACUCCA